CUGCUUCCGGCGGGGGGCCGCGGGCCGGGUUGUACUUCCGGGUGGGUGCCCGGUGGCGACCCGUCCGGUUCCCGGUGUGUCCCCCUGCCACCCUACCCUCCCGCCAUGUCCACGCUGUUCCCUUCACUCCUGCCCCGCGUCACCGAGUCCCUCUGGUUCAACCUCGACCGGCCUUGCGUGGACGAGACCGAGCUGCAGCAGCAGGAGCAGCAGCACCAGGCCUGGCUCCAGAGCAUCGCUGAGAAGGACAACAACCUGGUGCCCAUCGGAAAGCCGGCGUCCGAGCAUUACGAUGAGGAGGAGGAAGAGGAUGACGAAGAUGAUGAAGACAGUGAGGAAGACUCAGAGGAUGACGAGGACAUGCAGGAUAUGGAUGAGAUGAAUGAUUAUAAUGAGUCUCCUGAUGAUGGGGAGAUUAAUGAGGUGGACAUGGAGGGGGCCGAGCAGGAUCAGGACCAGUGGAUGAUCUGAUUCUGCCAUGACCUGAGGACGGGAGGAGGCUGGGGGAGAGCCCUCACCCACCACAGCUCUGGGGCCUCCACGGUGCAGUUUGGUGAAGCUUCUCCUGCUGUGGUGGCCCGGGGCGGGGGGCUUAGGCUGAAGCUGCCCCAGGGCGGGCCGGGGAUAGGCUGCAGCUGCUGGGAGACACGUGGCUCUGCCUGAUGCCACGGGGGUGUGGUGUCUUUUCUAAUAAAUUCAAUUAAAAAAACAAAA